AUGCCUAGCCAACUUGGAGAAGAUACUUCAAAGAUGCUUGGACGCAAAUCUGGUUUUGAACUACGAAAAAUGUCACUUCAUGAAACUAGAGCCCACAGAAAAUUACAAAUUCAAGAGCUAGAAGAAAUUCGGUGUGAUGCAUAUGAAGGUUCAUGGGAUUAUAAAGCCAAGACUAAAGCCUUCCAUGACAAACACAUCUCCAGAAAACGAUUUCAGGUUGGUGAUAAGGUCUUGCUUUUUGGUUCAAGGUUCAAAUUAUUUCCUGGGAAGCAUCGGUCUAGGUGGAUUGGGCCAUUCUUGAUUGAGCAUGUCUAUCCACAUGGGGUUGUUGACAUAUGCAGUCCACAAGCAAGCAAAGUUUUCAAAGUCAAUGGGCACCGAUUGAAGCAAUUUUAUGAAGGAUUUACUGUUCAUCUUGUGGAAGAGGUUUCCUUGGAUCCCCCUUGCCCAGCCUGCUGA